AUGGGGCAGGGAGCCUACAGCACUGUUUUCGAGGGCCUGAUGGACCUGGAUGGAGUGCAGGAGCGGGUGGUGCUCAAGCGCGUCAAGCAGGGGGUAGAGGGUGCCGAGGAGAUGGUAGAGAUGGAGGCCCUCAUGAACAUCAACGCUUCCAAGGGCACUGCCAGGGGCGCAGUGGCCGCCUUCCUGGGCUACUGCUGGGUGGAGCCCCGUGAUGCCGCCGGAGAGCUCACACCUGGGUUGUGGCUGGUCUGGCGCUACGAGGGCUCCAACACCCUGGCCUCAUACCUCAACCGCCGCGACGGCCUCGACGCGCUUGCGGCAGACCUGGGGGUGGCGCCGAGCGACGUUAUCCAGACAGCUACCGGCCAGAUUCUCUCUGCGCUGGCGGAGCUGCACGCAGCCGGCCUGGUGCACCGAGAUUUGAAACCCGCAAACAUUAUCCUGGCGGAGGCCGAGCGCCGGCUCAAGCUCAUUGACCUUGGCGGCUGUGCAGACCUCCGCAGCGGCACAAACUAUGUGCCGGGGGAGUGCAUCUACGAUCCGCUCUAUUGUCCCCCGGAGCUGUACGUGCUGCCGACUGCCGGCCCCCACAUCGCCAAGUCCCUGCUGGCCCAGGCCACCUCCUCCAUGCUGUGGGCGCGCCACAAGCCGGACCGCUACGACUGCUGGUCCGCCGGCAUCACGCUGCUGUGCCUCGCGGUGCCAACGCUCAGGAACGACGCGGCCCUGCUCCGGUUCCAGCAGGAGCUGGAGGCCGCGGAUUACGAGCUGGACGCCUGGCGCGCCUCGUCGCGGUUCGUCAAGCCCACGGACUUUGCCGCCCUGGAUGCAGACGGCGGCGCCGGCUGGGAGCUCGCGCGCGACCUGCUGCGGCCGCGCGACAUCGUCGUCGCUGCCGACGGCGCUGUCGACUUUGUGGCGUCUUCAGAGGUCAGGCGCAUCUCCGCGGCUGACGCGCUGAAGCACAGGUUUUUGGAGCGCGUCUUUGCGCCUGAGCCGCAGCGCGCUGCCGGUUCCCCAAAGGAGCAGCGUGUGGCCCCUGGGCCACACCUCUCGGACCUUCCGGCGUCCCCUUCUCCUGAGCCUGGCGCCAACCCCGCAGGCGUCAGCGGAGGCGGCACGGGGCGCCGCCGCGUGGGCGGAGCGGGGCAGGGCCUGCUGCGGGGCCUGAAGGGCGCCCUUCUCGGCCGCCCUGCCGGCCGGCCGCACCCAGGGAUGCGGGCAACAGGGCAUGGCGACCGUGAUUAG